AUGGCCGAGCAUUCUGCCAAUACAGGGGUAUCUCUCCCCAAACGAUUGGCUAAUUUCACAAAUUCCACUGCCGGUCUAGAAAAGACUCUUCGUCUGAUUCAAGCUCUGGCCCAGUUUCAUGAUAUGAACGUCUGGCUGGUUCCUUGGUACACCACAGUUCUCAUCGAAGCUAACAAGUUCUGGUUCUAUUCCAUCUGUAUAUCUAUUACUCGGUCUCUCUUGGAGUCGCUGCUUGGUUUUGCUAUACGGCCCAGGACUCCGAAGGGCCGUGGCCAGCAGAAGAAAAAGAAAGAAGACAAGUCUACUUCGUCUGCACCAGGUUCAUCAACUACAACUCUAUUGGAGCGGAUUGUCAUCGAUAGCUGUGACUUAGCUCUCCCUGGGUCUUUCCUAGGAUGGACUGCGCUAGGGGAUUUGGAGGUUGGUAUGGCCAUGAUUGUGAGCACAGUUGUUGCUUCGAGAGAUAUUUGGUCGAAAUCUCAGCAAUAG